AAAGAAGCAGAAGAAGAAGAAGAGCACUUCCUGUAACUGAGAAAUGUACUUCUGGGUUCAGCAUGCACGUGUGGUAAACAAGCACAUGAAGCUCUGACAGAACCAACAUGGACUUUUCUACUAAGUGGACUAACUUACCUACAGAACCGAGUCUAAAGAACCUGACCCAGGCCGGGUUCGGGGUCUUGAAGGAGGAGCAGCACGCGGCGAACCAGGAUCUUACUCGAGCCCACAUCGACUCCUUUGACCAGGCGCUCUCUGAUGGGCUCAUUCGGGUCGUACAGUCCAUCCCUCCUCUGGAGUUCUCCGUCAAGAAUGAGCGGAUCAGUCUGGCAUUUGUUGAUGCCACCCUCCACAGCCCCAUGGUGGCCAAAGGCAGCAUCUGCAGGGAGAUGAAGACGUUCCCUGCCGAGUGCAGAGGAAGGAGAUGCUCAUACAAAGGGAAGAUGGUGGCAGACGUGAGCUGGUCCUUGAAUGGUAUCCCUAGAGGAAUCAUCAAGCAGUCGCUGGGUCAUGUGCCCAUCAUGGUGAAGUCCAAUCUGUGUAACCUACACGGACUGAGUCCACGAGAGCUGGUGGAGCAUCAUGAGGAGGCCGAGGAAAUGGGCGGUUAUUUCAUCAUAAAUGGGAAUGAGAAGGUGAUCAGGAUGUUAAUCAUGCCGAGGAGGAAUUAUCCCAUCGCCUUGUCAAGACCAAAGUGGAAGAGCAGAGGACAGGGGUACACCCAGUACGGUCUCUCUAUAAGGUGUGUGAAAGAGGAGCACACAGCGGUGAACAUGAACCUUCACUAUCUGGAUAACGGGACAGUGAUGUUGAACUUCAUCUACCAGAAGGAACUGUUCUUCCUCCCGCUUGGCUUCGCCCUGAAGGCUCUGGUGGACUGGUCUGACGUUCAGAUCCAGCAGGAGAUGAUGAAGGGUCUGGAGGACAACUCGUUCUUCAAGAGCUGUGUGUGCGAGAUGCUGCGUGUGGUGAUGGAGGAGGGCUGCUCCACGCAGAGCUCCAUCCUCAGCUACCUGGGAGAGAGAUUCAGAGUGAAGAUGAACCUGCCCGAGUGGUACACACAUGAGCAGUGUGCACGCUACCUGCUAGAUGAGUGUAUCCUGGUCCACCUGCACUCUGACGUUGAAAAGUUCUACCUGCUGUGUCUGAUGACAAGGAAGCUCUUCACCUUCGCUAAGCAGGAGUGUUUAGAGGAGAACCCUGACAGCAUCAUGUGUCAGGAGGUGCUGACUCCAGGUCAGCUCUACCUGAUGUUCCUUAAGGAGCGUCUGGCAGCCUGGUUGGUGUCGGUGAAGCUCUCCUUCGAUAAACGCAGCCACAGACAGAGCGGAAGCUGGACUUCUGAGAGCAUCAUUAAGAUCUUCAACACAGGCUCUGACCUCACCAAAGCCUUUGAGUACCUGUUGGCCACCGGGAACCUGAACUCUAAAACAGGACUGGGCAUGCUGCAGAGCACUGGUCUGUGUGUCGUCGCUGACAAACUCAACUAUAUCCGAUACCUGUCUCACUUCCGCUGCGUGCACAGAGGAGCAGCCUUCGCCAAGAUGAGGACCACAUCAGUCCGGAAGCUGCUGCCUGAGUCCUGGGGCUUCCUUUGUCCUGUCCACACGCCAGACGGAGAGCCAUGUGGACUCAUGAACCACAUGACUGCUAGCUGUGAGAUAGUGACUCAGAGUUUGUCCACUGUGUCUCUGCCUGCACUGCUGUGCUCCCUAGGUGUGACUCCAGUGGACGGCCAACCAGGUCAGUUGUUUGCAGACUGUUACCCGGUGAUCCUGGACGGAGCGGUUGUCGGCUGGGUGGAGGCUGAUCUAGCUCAGGUGGUGGUUGACUCCAUACGCAGGUUUAAGGUGCUGAAGGAGAAGAAGAUCCCUCCGUGGACUGAGGUGGUUCUGGUUCCUAAAACAGGAAAGGCAAGUCUGUACCCUGGUCUGUUCCUGUUCACCACACCCUGCAGGAUGGUGCGACCCGUCAGGAAUGUAUCUCUGGGGGAGCAGGAGCUGAUUGGCACCUUCGAGCAGCUGUACAUCAAUGUGGGCAUCAUGGAGGACGAGGUCGAGGCUGGAGUGACGACUCAUCAGGAGCUGUUUCCUCACAGCAUGCUCAGCGUGGUCGCUAACUUCAUUCCCUACUCAGACCACAACCAGAGCCCCAGAAACAUGUACCAGUGCCAGAUGGGUAAGCAGACAAUGGGCUUUCCCCUGCACUCCUUCAAGGAACGCUCCGACAACAAACUGUACCGCCUGCAGACCCCCCAGAGCCCUCUAGUCCGGCCCUCCAUGUAUGACAGAUAUGACCUCGACAACUACCCCAGCGGCACCAACGCCAUCGUGGCCGUCAUCUCUUACACAGGCUACGACAUGGAGGACGCCAUGAUUGUGAACAAGUCAUCUUGGGAGCGUGGUUUUGCUCACGGCAGCAUCUACAAGACGGAGCUGGUGGACCUGGCAGACAAGGCUCGGGGAGAAGACAGCAUCGUGUUUGGGACCAAACCGGGAGACCCCAAAGUGUCUGACAAACUGGACUCUGAUGGUCUGCCUUACAUCGGGUCAACGCUGCAAUACGGAGACCCAUUCUACUGCUACAUCAACAUGAACACGGGACAGACCUCCAUCACCUACUACAAGAACCAGGAAUCUGGCGUUGUGGACAACAUAAAGGUCUGCAGUAACGACUCCGGCUCAGGGCGCUUCAAACGAGUCUGCAUCACUGUACGAAUCCCACGUAACCCCACCAUAGGGGACAAAUUCGCCAGCCGUCACGGUCAGAAGGGCAUCUUGAGCCGCCUGUGGCCAGCCGAGGACAUGCCGUUCACUGAGAGUGGCAUGAGCCCUGACAUCCUGUUCAACCCACACGGCUUCCCCUCUCGUAUGACCAUCGGCAUGCUGAUCGAGAGCAUGGCGGGGAAGUCUGGCGCCCUGCACGGCCUGAGCCACGAUGCCACGCCCUUUAGGUUCUCCGAGGAUGCCUCUGCGCUCGAGUACUUUGGUGAGAUGCUGCGGGCUGGGGGAUACAACUACUACGGCACGGAGCGGCUGUACAGCGGGAUGAGUGGGCUGGAGCUGGAGGCUGACAUCUUCAUUGGGGUCGUCUACUACCAGCGUCUGCGUCACAUGGUUUCAGACAAGUUCCAGGUGAGGACGACGGGUGCUCGGGACAAGGUCACCAACCAGCCAGUCGGAGGAAGGAACAUCCAGGGAGGUAUCCGGUUUGGGGAGAUGGAGCGUGAUGCCCUACUUGCUCACGGAUCAUCUUUCCUUCUACACGACCGCCUCUUUAACUGCUCGGACCGCUCUGUGGCUCAAGUGUGCGUUGACUGCGGGAGCCUGCUGUCCCCCCUGCUGGAGAAACCCCCUCCCUAUUGGUCAUCCUUAAAACACCGAAGGACAGUGUGCUCGCUGUGCGGGAAGAGCGAUUCCAUCGACUCUGUGUCGGUGCCGUACGUGUUCAGGUACUUUGUGGCGGAGCUGGCAGCCAUGAACAUUAAAGUCAAACUGCAGAUCAAAUGAGCUCAUAGUGCUGAAGAUCAGAUCAUCAGAUGAUGUGAUGAUUCAGAUCGGACUGAGAGGAUUCUGUUAAUUUGUCGAUGUGUUUUAUAUAAAUGAUGCUUAAUAAAAUACAAACAGCUGCAUGAAUGUC